CGACGAGUUUUCUCUGCAUAAUUCCUCUUCCCGAAUUUCUUCAACGUUCGAAAAACUCGAACCUGAAACAGGUUAAAUUCCAUCGUUCCCCGACGAUUCAGUGGCAUGAUUUUUGCUCCGUUUGAAGCAUUUCAAACCGAGACUGGAAGCCAAUUUCUGCGGUUGGUUGACUUGUGGAGUUUUAUUGAGAUACUGAGGCGCAAUUAUGGGUUUGUAUUCGCCUUGGGAGUGAGAGAUGAUUUCAGAUUCAAGUGAAUUAAGAGGAUUGAUGCGAUAAUUAUGUGCUUUUGAGAGAUGAUUCAGAUUCAACUAGAUUAAGAGGGUUGAUGUGAUAAUCAUGUGGUUUUCCUUUUGGAGAUCCAGAGAUCGAUUCUCCUUGGACGAACUCAGGUAUUUGACCGAGCAACUGAGAAAAGUUCAGAUUGUUAACGAGGUCAAUAAGGACUUUGUUGUCGAGGCACUGAGAUCAAUUGCGGAGAUAUUAACAUAUGGUGAUCAGCAUGACCCCGCAUUUUUUGAAUUUUUCAUGGACGAACAAAUAAUGGGAGAGUUUGUGCGUGUUUUGAAGGUUAGCCGGACAGUGACUGUUUCUGUUCAGUUGCUUCAAACCUUGAGUAUUAUGAUCCAAAACCUAAGAAGUGAACAUGCUAUAUACUACAUUUUCAGUAACAAACAUUUAAACUAUCUAAUAACAUAUACAUUUGACUUCCAACAUGAGGAGAUUCUGUCUUACUACAUAUCCUUCUUAAGAGCUGUAAGUGGAAAGCUGAACAAGAAUUCGAUAUCAUUGCUUGUUAAGGUGGAUAACGAUUUAGUAGUUUCUUUUCCCCUUUAUGUCGAAGCCAUACGAUUUGCAUUUCAUGAAGAGAACAUGAUACGCACUGCGGUCCGUGCCCUGACUCUCAAUGUUUAUCAUGUUGGAAAUGAAUCUGUGAAUAAUUAUGUAGCAACUCCUCCGCACACAGAGUACUUUUCAAAACUAGUUUUGUUUUUCCAAAAGCAAUGCAAGGAUCUGAGCGCGAUGGUUUUGAACACUCUAAAGAGCACAUCCCCUGACUCGGGCUUAAAACUUCUUGUUGCCACUGAUGGGAUUGAGGACACCCUGUACUAUUUUAGUGAUGUUAUAUCAGCUGGCAUACCUGAUAUUGGGAGGCUGGUAACAGAUCACACUCUGCAGCAUCUAACUCUCCCACACAUUCUUCCAUCUUUAUGCACUGAGGCUGUUAAUUUUCAGGAUGUCUUGAUCGAUCCCAUCACUUCUCUUUAUCUGUUAUGUUGCGUCUUGCGAAUUGUUAAAAUCAAAGAUUUGGCAAAUACAACUGCUGCUGCUCUUUUCUGCCCGAUAGAGGCUGUCAUUUCAAGUUGUCAGGUGAAACCUGAUAGUGACCAUGGUCAUGAAAGUUUGACACAUGGAGACAAGCAUCAAGACAAUGGCUUUUCUGAAGAGGAAGAUGGUCAGUAUUCAAGCAUUGCAGUAUCAAGUGAGGACAUUGGUACCCACAUUUGCACUGGAGAUACCGCAAAAAGUAAAUUCAACAACUUACAUUUGACAUCAAGGGAGACUUUGCUUCAGUAUAUUUCGGAAGGGGAUGACGUACACGCUCUGGGUUCUUUAUUUGUGAUGGCCACUUUGUUGCAAACGAAAGAACUUGAAGAAUCAAUGCUAGAUGCUUUUGGCAUUCUUCCUCAGCGUAAGCAGCACAAAAAACUUUUGCUGCAAUCUUUGAUUGGUGAGGCCUCUGGUGAAGAGCAACUCUUUUCACCAGAAAAUGGUUCCAUGAGAGAUGGCACAAGCAGUGAGCUUGAUGUAUAUUUACGGAAGUUAGAGGAGCAGUUUGGACUAUGCUGCUCACUACCCGGGGUGGGAAUGAACCCCCGGGUACAUAGAAAUCAGGUAGUGGAUGCUUUGGUCUGUCUUCUCUGCCGAGAAAACGUAUCUGCGGAAACAUUGUGGAAUGGUGGUUGGCUUUUACGUCAACUGCUUCCUUAUAGCGAAGCAGAAUUUAAUUGCCAACAUCAUGAGAUGCUGAAGGUUUCGUAUGAGAAGCGCAAAAGUGAAAUUCUUCAGGAAAUCAAGGGUAUCUGGCCUGAUCUACUCAUUACAGUACUGCUUGAUGAAUGGAAAAAGUGCAAAAGAGUGAUUGAAGCUCCAUCACUUCGAAAAGAGCCUAAAUUCAUUCUUCUCCAGCUGGAAAAAUCUUCUUCUGACGAUAACGUUGUUACCGAAUCAUCAUUCACAGCUGGAGAAAGAAUGUGCGAGUUGGUAAAGGUCUUUGUUCUUCUUCAUCAUUUCCAAAUCUUCUCGCUUGGAAGGCCUUUACCGGAACAGCCUCCAACCCAUCCUCCAAGCGAUACAUCCGAAACAUCUCAUGCCAGAACCGCUGGUUUGGAUGUUUCGGUCCCGAAACCUGGCACUGAACUGAAAAUAGUUGAUGCUGUGCCCUGUCGGAUUGCCUUUGAAAGAGGCAAGGAACGCCAUUUUUACUUUCUAGCAUUCUCAUCUGGUGUUUCCGGGUGGAUCAUCCUUUCUGAGGAAUCAUCCUUGAAACCUAACUAUGGGAUUGUCCGCCUCACCGCACCUUUAGGUGGAUGCAAUCCUCAGAUUGAUGAGAAGCACCAUAGAUGGCUACACUUGAGAAUCCGUCCAUCUACUUUACCAUUCUUGGAUCCUGCAAAGAGAGGAGUCUAUGGGAAGCUCAAGUCCAAAGGUCUGGUCGACGGGAGAUGGACAUUAGCAUUCAGGGACGAGGAAUCUUGUAAAUCGGCUUACUCAAUGGUCAUGUACCAGAUCGAUCGGCAAAGAAACGAGGUAGAAAGAAGGUUAAAACCCUUGCUUGAGCUUGAAGUAACUCGAGAACAAUCAAACAUCACAUCUGAUUCAUCUUCAUCACCGUCUUCUUGGGGUUGAUCUCAAUGCAGGUGUCGGAAUUAGGUAUUGUCCCUUCUUGUACAUGAAUAUGAAAUAUCAGCAUUUGUAGAGACAUUCAUCCACAGAGUAGCUUGUAUUAUCCUUUUCUGCACCAUGUUUGGGGUGCCUUGUUUUGCAAGUUUUCUUCAUUCAUUCACCAGCUCUAACCCUAGGGCGGUCCUUGUUUAUCUUUCCCCUUUAAUAAAUUCUGUAUGUGUUUUUUU